GCGAUCAGCGCCCCCUCUGGGUGAGUCUCGGCCUCCCUCACCCCGUCGAGUCGCCCACCGAAGUUAAUCUCUCGAUUUCCUUCCAAGACAAAUCAUAUAUAUUUAAAAAAAAAAGCCAUCAAAUCUACCCGCGGCAAACCCUGCCCUAAAGCUAGAGCGCGCGUACAUUUUUUUUAAUUCACCUUUAAUUUGUAACCAAGUUGAAAGUCAUCUCUCUCUCGUCUCUUCUUCCCCCCGGGUGCGGGCCUCAUCCUCGGCCUCUCCUGCGCUCCACCGCCGGGGAUUGCGCGGCGUUGCGGGCGGAAGAGCGACCACCUCGGCCCUCUACCCGGGACUCGUUCGGAGUGAAACGCGGGGCCUCGGCGGGGUCAGCAUCGAGCCACGGUCGCCCGGCGGUGUCAGACGCGGUGCAGAAAAGAUGACAACGCUGCUGGGAGGGAUGUUGGGGCCGGAUGGGCCCAGUACGCGGGAGCUGGUGUUGCUGGGCGUUGGUGUGGCCGUGAGCUUCAUCUCCUGGAGCGUCGCUCGCAGGAAGAGUGCAGCUCUGAGCAAGCUGCAGGAAACUUCACAGAUCCCCCUGGACGAUGGUCUCAUAGGCAGGCUGAAGGAUGCACCUGGGGGCUACUUACCAUAUGUGGUGUUGGAAGGGACGGUGCGCCCCAUUAAGGAGCACCUACAGAGCCAGCUGCGGCCCGACGUGAUAGGCGUCAUGCAGCAGGUGGAAUUUAAGGAGCGGAAGCUCGUCUGGAGCAGCCUCACCCACCACUGGAACAACACGGAACAUGUGAUCCACACGCGGACAGACAUGGUGCCAUUUGUCCUGGAGGGCACGGGACCAGGGGCGGCCAGCGUGCGUGUGCGGAGUCCCCAGGAGGCGAGCGGCCUCUCGCUGGAGCCCGUGGCCGAGUCCUUUCAGCCGUCAACGGGCACGUGGGGCGAGCUGCUUGGGCUGCUCAGCGGAGAGCGGCCCCGCGGGGUGCUGCAGGUUGAGCGCCUGCUGCGCGUGGGAGCAACUCUGACGGCUGUGGGGGAGGUGGCGCUGGGUGAGCAUGGGGCCCCUGAGGUGCGCCCCCCGCGGGACGGUGCCGCCUACCUGCUGAGCGCGGCGGCGGGCGGCCUGCGGGCCCUGGUGGAGCAGCGUCGCUGGAGCAUGGGCAUGUGGAGGUUCGGGGCUGUCACCUGCACGCUGCUCACCCUGGCACUCGCCCUCUGGGUCCUGCGCAGGAUCUACCGCCGAGCCCGGGAAGAGAGGCGCUGGGACAAGCUGAGACGCGAGCAGGAGGCCGAGGUGGCCCGGUUGGCCCCCGAAGACGGGGCGGGUGGGACGGAAGGGGACGGGCGGCUGCCGUGCGUGGUGUGCCUGAGCGCGCCGCGCGGCUGCGUGCUCCUUGACUGCGGCCACGUGUGCUGCUGCUUGCCAUGCUACCGCGUGCUGCCACGCCCCGUGUGCUGCCCCGUGUGCCGCUCGCCCGUGUCCCGCAUCGUGCCUCUCUACCACUCGUAGCGGAGCCCGGUUUGCGGGCUGUGCUCGCACACCAUAUUUGUGGUACCACACCACAGUUACCAAACUGUACUAACGCAGCAUACCAUGGCACCACUGGGACAUCACAGCAACUAUACAUCGCCAUUCUGUACCACAAUGCUAUCACAUCAUACCACAUCACCUCACCACACGGUGCUACCACAGCAGACCACCACAAUGCCCUGAAAUCUCAGUUGGGGUUUGACUAAUUCCACCUUGCCUUCAUAGGGUAUAAAUUAUGAUAUUCUGGGAAGUCAACAUUGGCUUAUCUCUGGAUAGAAUUGCUUCGUCAUAGGAACGUGGAAUUGGCUCAGGAAUACGAACAGAAAUGAACAAGUAUUAACCAGUUGCUCGUUUGAACACGUGAUUGAAUAAAACUGCUGCUGUCAAAUAAGACCAAAACUUCACAGUUGAGUUUGACAUAAUGGUCCCAUGUGCACGCAUAUACGUGUAACGAACACGAUUAUGUUCAUGGGAAGUGUGGGCACUUCAGCCGUUUAUUAACUCCUUCCAACUAAGGUGUAAGCAUUUGUGCAGCAGCUGUCUAUUUAUCCGUACAUUGGUCCUUCUAUAAUGGGGUGGGGUGGCACGUCAACUCUUGUAAAGAUAAUCCAAUAUUAAGGAAGUUUUAGUAUAAACUUGUGUUGAAAUUUGGGAAUUAUCAUUUUCAAAACAGGCCAAAUUAGUGAAAGCGUUGCCCAAAACUUGGAGACAGAACUCGUAGCAAGAAGUAAUUUACAAAUACCCAAAUGCAUUUUGCGUUUAGGGUUAUGGCAAAUGCAUUUUGCCCUGACUGCUACCCAUCAGCUUCCAUAACUGUUCAUUAAAUACUUCCAAAGACAAAUGCAUGUUGGAAAAUAUUAUCGAAUCCAUGCCUAUACAUUAUUUUUUCUUUUUUUAUAAUUGAGACGAUUUUACGACAGCAGGGAGAUCAUACUCAUUCGUACAUUAAACCCUCUUUUGCGUUCUUGAAAACACUCUUGCGAAUGCAGAAACCUUCCAAUGGGAACAAUGGGGUUUACGUUCCUGGUACUAGUGAACAUGGGGGGAAAUAGUAAAUGUUGAAUAACAAUGACUACAAUAAAUAAUACAUUAUCUAGAACAAUUAUUUGAAUUGCCUUUGAUGAUGAUUUGACUUAAAUGGAGGUGGUGGUGAAGGUGUUGAAUUCCGGAGGAUGACUCCUGGGGAGAUGCAGGUGUUUGAAAACAUUGCACAGUUAUCAUUUAAGCACUCUGAGGAGCAUUAGCCGCAACACUUUCCCGGAUUGUUUUCCCGUUAUUUUUAAUGGACCCGACAGUCGACUCGUUUAUACCAAAAUGUGUUAACGAGUGGACUAAGCACGUAUAAAGAAAAAAAUGCACAAAGAGCGAGUUCAGAACGGGAUUGCUGCGAGACGGAGGACUAAGUGGGCGGCCGAGGGAGCGUGACUAAUCCUCGCAGUGUAAAAUGUUUAAUUCUGCACGCACCUCCCCGGUGUCGGUGGUCUGGCACGACGUCCACUCGCGAAUACUGGAGUCCGGUGGGUCGCGAAUAGGGAAUUGAUAUGCAUUUAGUAACUCGCGAAUAUGCAAAAACUGGCGGAUUCACAACUCGCGCAUAGCGAGGGUUUAUACUAGUCUGAAAUUACCUCACUUUAGCGAUGGACUUCGGUUUGCACCAAUGAGAGGAAGUGGGGGUGCAGGAGACAAGGUGGACAAUCAUGUAUGCAGCACAAACCGCAAUUCCGCCCAUGAACCCACUACAUUUUAGACACCUGUCUGCAGGAUAAGCAUGCCAAUUGGAGUUAUAAAAUCCCCGUUGGAUGCAUAUUUAUCUCGAUAGUGUAGCAGUUAAUGUGAUGUGUUAUGAACCUGGAAACUCGAGUUCGAUUGCCCUUCACAGUCAACAUCAGUGACGAAUAUCUUAACUGGUUCUAGGCCUCCCCUAGGUCGACUCGGCUUCAAAUGAGUACCUGGUGCGGUGUGUAAGCAUCGCUACUCGGGGACAAAGGCGGCCCAAGGCGGGUUGCUGGACACACCCAAUGGCGGAGCCAGGAUUUUCAGCUAGGCGGUGCAACCCCUCCAGCAAAGAAAAAAAUGAUAGGAGUUGUUAGUAAGUAAGGACUUAUCCCUUGCCGUUUAGUUGACGCGUGUGCAGCGAUGGCGCAGCCAUCGAUCGAGGGUCGAAUUCGAACCGCGUUGUGUGAUCGGCAUCGCGCUCGCUGAAGGUGAUUGCCUUCAGGGAAUUCGUGUACUGCAUACGCAACUGCGCACAAUUCUGUGAGUCACUUAUAACCGCUUUGCCAUUACUUAUUGCCAAUUAUGCACUCAGACUAUCAUCUCAUAGAGUCCCUGGCACAAUAAUAUGCUGCACAGUGGCACUGAGGGUCGCAAAAUGCCGAUUUAUUACUAAUAAACCCCAAUAAACCGAUCGAAAUUAGGGAUUUCGAUCGGAUCAUUGGGGCGGCACGUGCCACCCCACCCCCUACUGGCUCCGCCAGUGUGGACACCCACCCCCUCGUGUGCCGUGCCGGACUUCAUAGGUGCUCGCCAACAGCACUUUCCCCAAAAGGUCUGUUAAGGCUAUACGGGAGGUCUUUGUCUUGCAUGUGGCUAGCCAUGUAUACAUUUGGUCUUGCGGUUGUGGAAGAGGAGUGUGCCAGGCUUCCUUUCGCAGGGCAUCGAUGGCAGCACUGUGCAUGUACACGUAAGCCCAUGUUUUAUUAAUCCACUGCUGGAUGAGGCCACACCAUGCCGUACAAGAAUUGUAAGGUGGAGGAUUUUCCAUGGCAUCUGUCGGACGAGCAAUCCUUUCAUGCACAUUUUUUACGAAGCAGUAGUGAAGGAUCGCUGGAAUGAGGUCACAGGGCAAACCAGGGUUUUUUGUAUUAAUGCCCACUGGUAGGAGAUCAGAGGACAAAUCAUCUCCCCUUCCUGUGGCGAUUUGGAAGGAUCCUCCUGAAAAAAUGUCAUGAAACUCAGUGAAGCCUCUCCUGGGUAAAUUAGUAUAAUAAAAGGCAUGUUCUAAUUAUGUUUGGUGAAGUGUAGCUAAAGGUAGAUUUUGGAAAAUGACCAGGUUAUAUAUUAAUGGGGUCGUGGAGAGUAACUCAUGAGAGGUGUUGGAAAUGAUGAUGUGGAUGGAGUGAAGGCCAAAGAUGCCAGUUGUACAAUGCCGCAUUGCUCACGAUCGCCCUCAACAGAGUCCAAUUACCGACGGCAACAUGCCUCGGCUACAGCAGAUAUAAUAAAACAAUAUUACAUACAGAUAUUCCUCACUUUAUGCGGGUUCGAUUUGUGCGAUUUCACGUAAAUGUGGCGAACUUAUUUAUACACAAUUCGCGAUGUGGUCGGACGUGGGACAACAUUGUGUGUGUUUCUUGUAUGCGCUACUCGGCAGGCCGCUGUCUCGUGCGGUUUCGCUUUGUGUGCCCUUAUUUUGGAACGCAUCUCCCAUAUAAACAGAGGACAUCCUGUUAUACGUAAAACUUAUACAAAGGUUUUCUUGACAUGAGCUGCACCACCGCUCAAUUCUUAUAUUGAACUUAUUUCGCAUUGUACGUAGGUGCGGGGGAAGGACAACAAACUAAACACAAAAAGCAGUUCUAAAGAAAUUCGUUUUCAAUCUGCAUUUUAAAAAGAUAGAGCCGAGUCUCCUGUGUAAAUGCUGCUGAGAGCCCAUAGGCCUGACGUUCAUUGUAUAUCAUACGAUGUUGGUAAAUUACUUUAUUCAUUAAAAAAUGGGACACUGACAUUUAGACGUCUCUCAGGGUAAGUUCAAAUGUAUCCUGCAAAUAUAUCAACGGAAGACCAUUCUUUCGUCUGAAAGAA